AUGGAGAAAACAAGGAAGAGCGGCUUCUUUGGUGUAAGGGACCUCCUGUGUCCUGAGGUUUACAAUCACCUGGAGCUUCAGUGUCCCUACUCUCCCGAAGCAGCUUCUUCGUUUGAUUCAUUCAUCGACAAUCUCCUUGUCCCCGCACCAACCAGAAGCUUGAGAGUUAACCGAAUUAACUGUACAGACAGCUCAGUUGCACUUGCAGAGGCUGAGCAAUGCAUUGGAAUGAAGGGUCACGUACACCCCCAGUUCCCAGACAUCCUCAUAUUCCCCCCAAAACAAGCCCCUGAAGUUCCCCCCAAACGUUGUUCAUUUCUCAACUUGGAAUUCCCAGAUACGCAGGAACUAGCUGCGGAAGACGAGGUAGGGGGAAACCCCAAGAAGGUGACUGAGGAUAUGGGAGCCCCCUGCCGGCAAAACAACUCCAUAAUGGUGGUUGUAGGCCCCCAGUGCGGGCAGGCUGUACUUCGAGGUGCUCACGUAUAUGCCCCGGGAGUCCUUGCAGCUGAGCCUGGCAGCAGGCUGGGCUCUGUGGUGUCGGUGUGGGCUAUUCCUAGGCCUAGCAAGAACACACCAGGCUGCGCGGCCACGUGCAUGCGUUCGCUUGCGUUCCUGAGGGGCGCAUAUUUAGAUGGAGAGAGAAGGAACGAGGUAGAAAAGUGGGGUGUUUUCUGCGGAAGAGGCACGCUGGCGCAAUCGCUCAAAGAUGUUUUCCUUCACAGCAAGGGUCUGGCCAUUAGAAUGCAAAGCGCUUGCGACCUAUCGUCACUGCCUGCUUCUGUAGUAGCGCAGCAGUUGCCCUCGUGCGUUGCGGGGUUCGUUUUAUCUCCUCUUCCAGGGGAGCUGGUGUUAGACAUGUGUGCCGCUCCUGGGCACAAAACCUCUCACCUUGCGUCUCUGAUGAAGAAUAAAGGAGUAGUAGUGGCCGUAGAAAGGAGUAAGAAGAGAAUGGAAGAGAUGAAGGCGCACUUGGCUUCUCUUGGUGCAUCUGCUGUCGAGUGCAUUCACGGGGAUAGCGCCAAGAACAAGUGGCAGUGUUCUCUCGGAGGGCCUACUCAGCUCAAGGACCGCUUUGAUAAAGUCUUGGCAGAUGUGCCUUGCACGGGACUUGGCCUCAGGCCACGCAUUGUCUACGACGACGUGGACAUGCACUCCGUGAGGGAGGCCGCCCGGUACCAGCGGGAGUUUCUAGCCGCAGGGUGCGCCCUUUUGAAGCCAGGAGGUGUUUUGGUGUACUCUACAUGUUCUAUUAGCUGGGCAGAAAAUGAGGAGAACGUCCUUUGGGCCCUCGAAAAUCUGCCACUGACGGUAGAACCUCCAGAGCCCUACUUCCCAGGUGCACAGCCACCUCAAAACAAAGUACCCGUGCAACGCUUCUGCCCAUCAGGACAAACCAUUGGCUUUUUCAUUGCAAAAUUCAGAAAACAAAAGGAAGCCACUUGA